UCCUGCCCUGGGAGGAGGUUCAAUGCACUGGAAGAAAGGACAGCAGAUCCCACGCAACCAGAACAAAGGUGCCUGGGAGUGUUCCUGGGCCCAAGCUCUUCUCACAGAGGGAGGGACGGAACAGACAGCAGACACCAUGGAGUCCCGCUCAGCCCCUGCGCACAGAGGGUGCGUCCCCUGGCAGGGGCUCCUGCUGGCUGCCUCACUCUUAACCUUCUGGAGCCUGCCCACCACUGCCCAGCUCACUAUUGAAUCAGUGCCGCCCAAUGCUGCAGAAGGGAAGGAUGUGCUUCUCCAUGUCCACAAUCUGCCAGGGUUUCUUGGAGGCUAUGUCUGGUUCAAAGGGGAAAGUGUGGACAGCAACCAUCAAAUUGCAUCAUAUAUAAUAGAUACUCAAGAAAUACACCCAGGACCUGCAUACAGCAGUCGAGAGACAAUAUACCCCAAUGGGUCCCUGCUGUUCCAGAACGUCACCCUGCAGGAUACAGGGUACUACACUCUACUAGCCAUAAAGAAAAUUUUUCAAGGUGAAAUAGUAACCGGACAGCUCCGUGUAUACCAGCCCGUGGGGAAGCCCUCCAUCCGAGCCAGCAAUGCCACAGUCACAGAGCAUAAGGACGCCGUGGUCCUGACCUGCCUCACCAAUGACAGGGGGAUCUCCAUCCGGUGGCUCUUCAAGAACCAGAGUCUCCUGCUCACGGCCAGGAUGAAGCUGUCCCGGGACAACAGUGUCCUCACCAUAGACCCCGUCAGGAGGGAGGACGCUGGGGGUUAUCAGUGUGAGGUCUUCAACCCCGUCAGUUCCAGCAAAAGUGAGCCCCUCAGGCUGGAUGUGUAUUAUGGGUAACCCUCCUCCCCUCCUCUAUGCUAUUAAGUUCUGAAUAAUUUUUUUUCUUUUUAAAAAAUAUAUUUUUAUUGAUUUCAGGGAGGAAGGGAGAGGGAUAGAGAGAUAGAAACAUCAACAAUGAGA